UGUGAAUUCUGUUGUUAUCUUGAACUCUCAAGUGGCAGGUAGCUAAUCUGCAAUGCAGGACAAUAUCUUGAACAGGUUUUUCUGGAUACCCAAUCAAUUUGAAUUUGAAAUACGGCUACAUUUUUGUAACACUGUAUAAUUACAACGAAGUGAUUAAUGGACAUUUAUCAAAUUGAUUACGAUUCCCCCAGUAAAAUGUGUACCGGCUAAUGAAUAAAACAGGAAAAAAUGGGAUUGGACGGAGUUUUUAGCUGGAUGAAUUUUCCGCAGAAAAACAUAGGAUGCCAAGGAAGAAGUCGAGGUGGAUGUUGUGCGGUGGGCUGUGAUAGAAUCCUUCCUAUUAGAGUGUUGGUUUGCUGAUGUUACAUUUGGUCUGCUGUUUUACCCCCACCUAUAUGUGGAAAUCAAAGUGAACUUUCGUCGUUAGUGUUGGUGUCUGUCCAUGGGACUAGAUCUGCAUGGGAUAUUUUGUAAAUGUGCUAAGGUGAGAUAAUGAACAUGUAGGCUGUAUCCAGAUGUUACUAUUGACCCCCUCGUUUGGUGCUAAUUCUGUUGACAUGGCAAAAAACCAUUUCUCUGUAUUGCCUAUUAUCACCGCCUCCCCGCUAGCUGCUAGGAUUUAAGCACAGCAUUGCACAAUUUCCUAUGUGUUAAGAUACAUAGUUAGGAGGGCCUGGAAGGUUUUUUGGAAUACUAGGAGUUUUCCUUUGGAUAUAUUCUGCUGCUGGUGCUUCACAUGGGAAUUAUGGCAUUUACCAACUAGUCGCAUGAUUUCUCAGGAUAUUUCGAUGCUCAUACUUGGAUCAGGAACGAAGGAAAUUGUUCUGGAUUGUUCUGGAAGUCAACAGCUUGUCUUGGCCAUGUCGACCCCCUUGCUCAAGAACUCAGACAUUAUCAUUUCAUAAUUCGAGACAAGAUGGCCACCUAGCCCUCCAGCGUUGUCGUCAGAUUUUCGAAUGACAUCGCCCACCUGACAUGUUUGUUUGGUUUUCACGACAUCUGAUUUGAAUCUUGUGUAUGAGCCGAAUGACACAGCUUCAAAUUCUGCCUCCCCCUCAGUGGGGUGGUAAUACGCCACCAAAAGUGUCUUCAUCCCGUCGCCAUCGGUCUCGGGUUGACGGCAGUCAUCGGUAUACAGACAUUUACUGUGUGGGGAAAAAGGUGGCAAGAAACAGAAGAGGCAUAAGUCGCGGUAGCAUAGAGAGUCACCCUUUACCUGAUCAGAAUGAUGAUGAGAUCGGAUCAGUUCCUCACUAUUUCCUUGAUAGCGUCAAGGAAGCACUAAGAAGUCACAGCCAUGUCACUCCAGGAGUCAGCGGUAGGUCGUCACCGACAGAGGGCGCACAGGAAAGUCAUAGCGGGUGGACGACGGGUAACACGACGGAGCGCAGUAGCCUCUACUCGAGUUACGAGUGGGAGGACGAUGAGUUCGACCGCCAGAAUUCGCGCCGAGUUCGGCGUCUCUUCGAGGAGAUUGACUCCAUGCUGUUUGAAGAAAGCAGAGAACCAGAGCAUUUAACAAAUUUAUACAAAGAAUGUCAAGAGUGGGUGGCCAGUUUUCCUCACUUUAGAAUUCUUGGUGCACAAGUAUUUCCGCCGACAGACAUGGGGUUCCAACUGAUCCCGGUCGAAGCGACGCGGCCGUCGACAGGGAGCAUGCUUGUCGACGUCACAGAGCAGGACAUGUCAUUGUCACAGGAAUGUAAUGGGUUAUCAAUAUCAGGGAAAUCAGUAUCUGUGAUGACUCCGCGAAUUGACAGAAAAAAGGCUGCCAUGACAACAGACGAGGAAGCAAGAAGUAAUCCAUUCGCAUUUGUUGAGGAGGAAGUGUUUGCCCAGGAUGGAUAUUAUGAAGAUGUGGUAGCGGUGGAUUACAAAUCGGAGGAAGACGCUAUAUUUCGGAGACAUUAUCAUCCGCGAGUUACGAAAAAGGGUUUUCCUCCGUUGACACCGAAUGCCUGUUUACGAGAUAGUGUAUCUAGUAUGACUUUCGAUAUAGCCUGGUCAGAGAUUGUUUCUUGGAUGAGAGACAUCCUGAGGAUGUUCAGAGAUCGGGUUGUAAUAGAUGAUCCAAAAGGUUAUGAUGAGCAUGUUGACAUGAUACCUAACUUAUCGUCAACGAGAAUUUCAGCAAUUGAUCCGUUGCCAGUGAGAGAAUUAUCAUUCAGUCGGAUAAUUGACAGGCCCAUGCCGAUAAGGUUGUCGACUGCACAGCCAUCAUUUGAUGGGACGAGAACAUUAGCUGGUGUGCUAACCAUAUCUACCAAAGCGUUACAAAGCAGGGAAAAAUCGAACUUAAACGAUGAGCCUUCCACAUCGAGGGAUGUUGUUAUGCGGCCCGGAUCGAGUCUGAAUCGAUUCGUUCGACCUACGAGUGUUAAGGUGCAGGAAAACAGGCUGUCGUCGGCGAGAAAAGGUGCUCAGCGGGUCCCAGUCCGACUGGCUCCAAUUGAUCGGGCUAAAACACCUAGUGUGGAGGAUGACAAAAAGAAAAUCGAGAUAGUGCGUGGACACAGGUUGCAAUUACAGGACCACAUGUUUGCCGAAAGAAGUCAAUUACCGAAUGACCGGUUAUCAUCACCUGGGUAUAUGUUCAGAAAUGGUGCUCUUCCUCCCAUCGGUCUGGUGGAAACGCCCGACAACCCACCUCCUUCACAACGCGGCCCUAGAAAGGCCCACUUUUCUAAUCGUGCCAGCAGUGCGGUGGCUGACAAGGAUUCCCGAGUCCCCAUUCGGGAUCGGGAGCGGUACUACCAGGUGCCUCUAGAUAACAGGCCGAGUACGACGCAUACAUUCAGGUCGGACACACCGUUUGCGAAUCAAAUAGCCCGCCGAUCAUCCACACCGAUGGGCUUCAACAACAUGAGGGGACCAAAUAUGCAUAAUAUAGGUCACAACAUGCUAUUGGGCAUCACUGGUAACAGCAUCGGCAAUCCACACUUAGAUCCUAAUGUGCCACAGCUUGAUGAGGAAGAUGAUGAAAACUUUGAGAAUAUGUCCCAUUCUCAAUGGGUUCCGUCCCAGACGCCAAACAAUCCAUACCGACGUGGCCGUCAGCUGAGUCAGGUUGUAAGAUGAUCACCGUCCCCUUGAUGAGUACUAAGAUCAAAUAUGUUGACAACGCCAGAUUCCGUGGAUACUUUCGCAGAAACAUUACGCAGUGCAAAGAGACUGGAUGGUAGAGUCAAGGAUUUCCUGGUGUAGUCUGGAUGGUAGAGUCAAGGAUUUACUGGUGUAGUCUGGAUGGUAGAGUCAAGGAUUUCCUGGUGUAGUCUGGAUGGUAGAGUCAAGGAUUUCCUGGUGUAGUUCAAGUCCGAAUUGAAACCUGUGAUAUCAUGGACUCAACAACACUACACCUACAGUCAUGGACAAGGAUGACGGGAAUAGAAAUGACUGAAAGUUAUGGAUUCAUCGGUCGCAUAUACAUGUAGGAUAAGAUUGAAUCCAAGUCUGGACCGCAUGCUGUGAUAUAUGACUGGAACCACGGCCGUCUUCUUCCAUGACAAGGAUUGACACAAUUCGAAGAAAUCUACAUAUCUCUUGUCAUUCCAAAUUAAAGAUUGUUAUGAUUGUGUCUCACAACACAGGACAUAAACUUCGCCAAAGUUUGGCCUUCACAACUAUUCAGCCCCUAGUUGAGCUAUGUGAUAUGGACACUCGAGGCGUUCUAUUGUGGCUGGUAGUUUCAGGAAUAUUUCUGUGUUAAUUUGGUUAAUGUCUGGAGAUGUGGACACUUGGAUAAAUGUGAAAUAAAGGCAGCAUAAAAAGUGAUCAUCUUCAGGCACAUAAUCAAACCAUAUUGUCAAAGGAGAGAGCAGGGGGCCUGAUAGUAUCUUUACAAUGCAUCUCUGCAUUGUACAGAUAAUUUGAUUGUAUAAUGCAUCACUACAGAGUACAGUAGCUUAUAUACCAAGAGGGGACACAAAAAUGUCCUCAAGACAGUAUAUCAUGAUUUCCUAGUUAUAGCCUGGCCACAUUGGCUGAUCUGAAGUGUUUCCGAACAGGCCUGUUACUUAUGGAGUAACUUGUUGAGUCCUUAAAGUUAAAUUGGGGGAUUCCAGCACCAUUCAAGUAUUCCAUAGGUCAUCCUCAACAGUGUCCUGGCAUAUUUCAUGAAAUCUGGAUGAAAGAUAACGGAGUUGCUGUCUAAUAUCACAAUUGCAGGCGUCCACAGACCAGCCAGUGGCUAUCUUGGAUUUAACUUUGAGUAAAUGAUAGCUAGGCUUCCUAAGUUACUGGACACUUAUUGUAAUGCAGACAACAGCCCUCUUAUCUUACACCGAGAUGUCAGGAAAUAUGUAAAAUGAUUCGACCAUCCUGCCAAACUGAUUAAAUGUUUUCAGCCAUAACAAUACAUAUCAAAAAACGAAUUCCUCCAUUUGAUAUAGUUGCCUUAAAAAGUAUUAGUCAUGGAAUUGUGUUUCACACCGCUGGUUACUAUGAUCAAAUACUUCUGUAAGUUCCGUUCCUAGAAUUUUUUUCUCUCCUUUAUGUUCUCACUGUCUGUUGUAGGGAUUUUGUUCUAUUUUGUACAGCCAGUUUCGUAUUGCCAUAGGAUUAGAGUAGAAAUCUGAGUCCUGGUAGAAUAAUCUCGAAGCAGUUUCAACUAGGUAGAGAAAGUAGACUCAGAAUCUUGGAGGGGGUGAUGGACUGGAGCUAAGGGCUGUGGGUUGUGUGUUUUAUUCAGAGAUAAGUGUGAGUAGUUUUCAUGUACUCAGAGAUAAGAGAGACCCCUAUCAGCGACUUCGUUUUACUUUAAUCUGACAUAUCUGGCUCGUGCCUAUUUUCCCCCUUUAAAUGUGCAUCAUUCAGUAUAUGAACCAGUACAUUUCUAUGGCAUUGUUGUCAAUGUGACAAAUAAUUCUAAAAAGGGUGAUCCAAAAUAAUUCAAUGUUUUCUCAGAACACUUAAGAUUUUUUUAUCCAAACCUCUCGGGGAUUCAAAUGAAUAUAUCAGUUUCAGGCCACAAUUUCAAUUUGUCAGAAUCUUUUGUCAAAAUAAUUUCAUAGGAAUCGACGGCACUCCUUUCAGUUCCUUUUGCCUCAAAUUUCACCAGCAACUAAGAAUUCCAGCAGCUCUAUUUUGGCCCAUAACUGGUAUCUUAAUUGAAGUCGCCAUCAUGAAACCUCUAUCAGUGCUGAUGUCGGGCAGACCUAGGUGUUAGUUAAGGUAGCGCCCAUUUCGGUUCCUCUAUCAGCCCUAUACGUUACGUUAACUCAGGGAUUUGUUUGUUUUAUAUGGCUAGCACACGUGUAGCAUAUCUUUCAUCACUGCUGUAUAUAAUUGGUAGACACAGAUGAAUAGAUAAUGGGGAACACUUUUUCGCUAACAAAUCAGAAGAUUGCUUGCAUUUCUAUGGCCUUAGUAAUGAUUGUUUUCUGUUAUGAUAGCUACUCGGUAUCAAACUACAAGAUAUCUGAGAAAUUUGAUAAGAAUAAUACAAUUCCUCCUCUCUGACAGUCACGCACCAUAAUAAUGACUACGUACCCAAAGCAUAGCAGGGACUGCGCUACGCCAUCUGGGACAAGAAAAUGUUUGAAACUGCACAUACAGUAUGCACACUUGGAUAAAUAAGGGUCCCAGUAACUUCCUCUUUUCAGGAAAGGUUCAAUUUGUUGUUUGUAAAUGUACUUGUGGUGGAAGAGUCUCUCUGCUGAGUGUGGGUCUUCUGUUGAAUCCAAUCCGUGAAGGAAAUAGAUAUUUAUCAUGAGGUAUAAACACCCUCAUUGGCAAACCAUGUAGAUCUAAGUCAUUCAAUGCCUCAACACUGCUUGUGAUAGCUGGUUGAUUCCACCGGGAAUGGAUGUCACAAUCGAAAGAGUCUGCAGUGACCGUGAACCUUCCGACAUUACUGCCAUUCCGUCAUCAAAACACUUCGGACUCUGCCUUACAGAAAAUCCUAUUCAGCAGAAAGAACUCCACUGUUGCCCUUUCAAGACAAAAACAAAGGUUACCAUAAUGUUGGUGACUGAGUGGUGAAGAUAAUAUAUUAACACUAAAAAAUUCGAAAUCAUUAAUUUUUCACUCGAGAAAUAAAAACCAAGUACAAAGAAAUUUACCUUCCUCCCUUAUUCAUCCAUGCUUUAUUUUUCACUGCUUUCAAGAAUGUAGCUAUAUUGUACAUAAACAUGUAUAUAGUUUCUUUGAAAAUGUAAAUAUAUAAUAUCUACUUGUUGUAUAGAUAUGAAAUGUACAGGUCAGUUAAUUUUUUGAGGACUCAGUGAUUCAUGUAUCUGGAUGUACAUGUUGUAUGAGUGAAUCAAAUGGCUGUCAUUCCAGCUUUGUUUAUUCUUCCAAUAUAACCAGUAGAAUCAAAAUGUCAUUACCUGGUACUUCAAAGUAAUGAGUUUUUGGUAGAAUCCAAUGUAAACAGCGUGGUGGUGAUUCAAAUGAAUAUGCCAGUUACGGACCGUCGAAAGUUGACAUCAAAUUUGCCAGAAUCCUUUUCGGCAAGUAGAAAUUCAAGGACAUUCGUGCCUUUGUGAUUCAUCUUGCUGUCAUCUGACUACUAGUUGUAUUAGAAUUACCAACAAUGAAGAUGAGCUUGGAUACAAAAUGCUCCUUAUUCAUUUCUAGUUUCGAGAAAACAGCAAAAGCCAAUGUCUAUUUUUCGGUGGAACCUCCAGUGGCAAUCUUGAUGUUUUUUGGAAAUUUCGAUGAUUUUUAGUGAUGGAUCAUUUUGCAUUUAAACUCCAAUAAUUAGAAAACAAAUUGUCUUACUACUUCUUGUUUUUAAAUACAGUAGAAAUCCACUUUCUUCAUCUCAGGUUAGGCAUGUGGAUGAUGCCUCUUGCUUAUGGUCAGGAUGUGUGGCAAUGUUCGACAUAGACCAUGUAUUAGUCUAUUUUCAUAUUGCACCUGUGAAAAUUAAUAUAUUAAGGAAGAAAAUAAAAAAGACGUCGGGGACUAGGGCAUUUCAACACAAACACCAGGUAAAACAGUGCGCUUACCAUUGCAUAUUUUGUGGGGAAAUUUUCAAUAAAUUUCAUUCAAGAUGAAGAUGGAAUGUGAAAAUAAGUUCCUUCAAAUUAUUAGGCAUUUAUAAUUUACAGCUGAGAAGUUGUAAUUAUUCUUAUCAAUAGCUUUGACUAACUGGAUUAAAGCACUUGUUUGUGGUUGCGCUAAGCCUGCUGCUUUUAGGUUGACUGCAUUGAUCAUUCAGUUUUAAAAUACCUCUUAUCAGAAUGCUUGUUUUUGGUUAGAAGCGUUCAUGUUUAGCUCACAUCAUGAAAUAUUCUUGUUUAGAAUUUGAAUUACACUCAGAAGGCAUUACAUCACAUCUUGUUGUAUUCCGGUAUGCUAUACCUUUAAGUAUUUUCAUAAGAUGUAGUACUUUUUAAUAAAGACCUCUAAUUUCA